AUGGUUGAAUCUGCUUUCUUACGUCUAACACUUGUUAUCUCAGCUACGAUUCUCUCAGAGAAACCUGAGUCAUUGUCUGACGAAGAGAUUGUUUCGGAAUCACCUAACUCACAUAAAGAGGAGAAAGAACAUCAAGGAGAGACCAAGAAGAGCUGGAACAGCCUGAGAAAGGUUAUACUUUUGAAAAGCUUGGACAAGUACAAGGUUUUUAAUCUGAGAAAGCUGGGUAAUCUACCAGUUGAAUUUACAUUUAAGGCAGCUGAUGUAUUCCUGAGAGUGACAACGAUCAAUAAUGGAGGGAAGAAGAACAGAGGAGAGGAACUGAUGCUAGAUUAUGCUAUAUCAAGAUUGGCUCCUGUACAGUGA